AUGAACGUCCGCAGCUCCUUGAUCAGCAAAGUUCUCUUGUUGAUGGCCCUUGUGGCUAUCAUAAUCGUCGCCGUCAGCGGCGAUCAUCUUCGAAAGCGCGAUGGAGCCAUGGCCCGCACUGGUGGAGUCACGACUCGAAAGCUGGACUCCUCUGACAGCAGCGAGGACUCGUCAAGUAGCGACAGCGGCGACGGUGAUAGCUCCACCAGUACCGGCACGGAUGCAACGCCAGCUCCUGAACCAACCGAGGAUAGCGUAGAUGACACUUCAAAUGAAGAGGUUGAGGAGACGUCCAGCGACGAUGGAGCAACUGGUAAAGGAGGAGAGGAAGAAUCCAAUAGCACGUCAAGUGAAGAGGUGGACUCCUCUGACAGCAGCGAGGACUCGUCAAGUAGCGACAGCGGCGACGGUGAUAGCUCCACCAGUACCGGCACGGAUGCAACGCCAGCUCCUGAACCAACCGAGGAUAGCGUAGAUGACACUUCAAAUGAAGAGGUUGAGGUGACGUCCAGCGACGAUGGAGGUUCCAAUGCUACAGAGGAUAAGAGUGGUGGUUGGGUGGAUGCAUUUACCCCAGCAACUGGUAAAGGUGGAGAGGAAGAAUCCAAUAGCACGUCAAGUGAAGAGGUUGAGGUGACGUCCAGCGACGAUGGAGGUUCCAAUGCUACAGAGGAUAAGAGUGGUGGUUGGGUGGAUGCAUUUACCCCAGCAACUGGUAAAGGUGGAGAGGAAGAAUCCAAUAGCACGUCAAGUGAAGAGGUUGAGGUGACGUCCAGCGACGAUGGAGGUUCCAAUGCUACAGAGGAUAAGAGUGGUGGUUGGGUGGAUGCAUUUACCCCAGCAACUGGUAAAGGAGGAGAGGAAGAAUCUGACGACUCUUCUUCGGACUCUUCUUCGGACUCUUCUUCUUCGGAUGAAAAUGCCAGUGUGGAAUAG